AUGCCUGCCACAAAGUAUCCAUCGCCACUUGCCGGGGUCAGCCGGGACACACCGUUGCCGACAGCCAAGGCUGCCGACGGCAAGAGCAUUGCCAACCCGCCCCCAGAUACGCCGAGCGAAACCUACCAGCAGUUUAUCAAGGCGUAUGAUACAGAGAAGCGUGGAGCAUUCGAUGUUCACGUGUACUAUGACCAGACGAGCCAGGAUCAGGCUCAGUACGCUAGUGAGCUUUAUGAACGUAUCCGCCGCGAGUUCCCGGAGCUGCGUAUUUACACAUUCUGGGAUCGCGCUGUCGGCCCCCAUCCCACUGCUAUGUUUGAAGUGAGCGUCUUUACGCCAGCACAGUUUGGCGCAUUUAUUCCCUGGCUUGCCGUCUGGCGCGGACCGCUCUCUGUGCUGGUGCACCCCAACACGGUGCCGGAAGAGGGAGAAACUUUGUUGGCUUCUGAGCUGCGGGACCACACAGAGCGUGCUAUUUGGCUGGGUGAGAAACAACAGCUGGAUCUGAAGAUAUUUUCUUAA